CGCUAUAUUGUUUGUUUGGUUUUGGGUUGGGUUGAUUUCAACAUUUCCUAAAUGAUCUCAUGCACAUUCAAAGGAUAAUUCUCAACAGCUGGUGAUUUUCAGAAUCCUAAAUGCUUCCUAAAAUCCAAAAUCCUAAAAUGCUUUAUGCGUCUUGUACGUGUACCACCGUUGCCGUGCUGAAUAAACCAUCAAGCCACCUUGACUUUGAAAGAUAUUCCAUCUCUGACUCUUUUUUUGAGUUUUUCCUUCUGAAGAGCACUUCAAUUCCAGAACACUAGCUGAACCACAGGAGCUAGUUCAAAAGUUACUAAAUAUCUCAGUUUAGCUUGAACUAUCAGUUUUAUAUAUAAUUGAUGAAUUACUCAUAUUUAUAACUGAUCUAACGUUUAACCUCUUUAAUUCACUUGGAUGGAUGUUUAAACAAGACAAAAUAACUACUUCAGGAACAACAAAGCAUUUUUUAUUUCAUGGCGUGUUUUUGAGAGACUCCUGCAGACAGGCUAUACAAAUUUAAUACACAUUGAGUAAGUAAAUAGUAUCAGUUAAAGGUGAAAAUCUCUGCUGAGUUGGAAUCAACAAUGGGCUGCACAUCAUCGAGGACGGUUCUGCAACCUGAGAAAACCACAGUGUUUAAACCAGAGCCAGGAGCAGUCUACAGGAUCCCAUCUCUCAUCUAUCUGAAAGACAAACAGACAUACCUGGCUUUUGCAGAAAAACGCACUUCCAGAAAGGACGAGGAUGCCAAAUCCCUUGUGAUGCGCAGAGGAACAUGUCAAAGUGGAUCCAUCCAGUGGUCUGAUGUUGUGGAGCUGAAAUCAGCAUCUUUACAAGGCUACCGCACCAUGAACCCUUGUCCUGUCUUUGAGAGGAACACCAAGUCUAUCUUCCUGUUCUUCAUCUGCAUCCUCGGCAACAAGUCAGAGCGUGAUCAGAUCAACAAGCGCAAGAACGCGGCCCGCCUGUGCUACGUCACCAGCGGUGACUAUGGGCAAACCUGGAGCCAGGAUGUGAAGAAUGUGACAGAGAGCACAAUCGGUGACAUGGUCAGACACUGGGCCACAUUUGCCGUAGGUCCAGGCCAUGGUCUUCAGCUUGAGAGUGGAAGGUUGAUCAUUCCGACCCAUGCACAGUACAUCUCUACGACGGUGAAGCCACACGCCCUCGCCGUGUACAGCGACGAUUCCGGCAACAAGUGGCACAUCGGCGAAAUGCUGAAGGAUCAUUCGGGUGAGUGUGAGAUUGCAGAGAUCACUGACCACGAAGGCAGGCAUCACGUAUACUGCAACUCCCGCAGCACAAGAGGCCACAGAGUGGAGGCCCUAAGUGAGACAGAAGGGACUUCCUUUGACAAGCCCCGCUUGGCACACCAGCUGGUGGAGACGGGCAAGGGUUGCCAGGGAAGCGUUGUAGGGUUCCCUGCCCGGCCCAAGGCUGGCCGCAAAGGUGGCACCACCUCAGGCAGUCUGACCUGGCUGCUCUACAGCCAUCCGACCCACAAGUCCACCAGGAAGAACGUGGGAGUGUAUCUGAACCGCACCCCCGUGCAGAAGUCUAAAUGGAGCCGGCCCUGGGUCAUCCACUCUGGGCCCAGCGGCUACUCUGACAUGGCCUACAAUGAGGACCUGAAGAGCUUCGCCUGUUUGCUGGAAUGUGGCAAGGAUAGUGAACUGGAACAGAUGGCCUUUGUGUCGUUUACCUUAUGUGAUGUAAUUGAGAACACUGAUAUGAAAAUAUAGGACUUAUUGUAGUUGUUAAAGGUUGUUUUCCAGUCAUAAUCAAAACAACUCCCUCAUGUGUCCUUGACAUAAAAAUCACUUGAGGGAUAUGAAUUCUCAACAUGAAUAUUUCUUUAUUCCUACAUUAAAAGCUUGAUUUUUUAAGAUUUGUAGAUUUGUGUCUUAUUCUAGUCAACUGGACAGGGAAAGAAGUUUAAUAUAUGAGAGAGAGAGAGAGAGAGAGAGAGAGAGAGAGAGAGAGAGAGAGAGAGAGAGAGAGAGCAGUUUUAUCCAAAGCAACAUAGCCAAAUGAUGAUAUGAUCAAAAGUGUCAUAUAAUAACAGGGGCUAUUUCGGUAUUAUUAUUAUUAUUUCAAUAGCUGAUUGUGACAGGAAGUGACACCAUAUGAGCUGUCAGUUUCACCCACUGGUACUGAGAUGGCCUCGUUCACACUCUGCCAACUUCACUUAGGAUGCUGCCCGCUACUGGAACAGGAGUUUAUAACCAGACAGACAGGAGCGUGGUUACCGUGUCACAAGCUGGGUAGAGACUUUACAAACUGGUACAGUUCUGCCAUCUAGCGGCACAAUAUAAUUACUACACAGAACACCACAGCUGUCUUGACAGAACUAACACAAAACACGCGUGAAAUACCCCCCCAAAAAAACACAAAAUCAACCUUUGGAAACUUUUUUUCUAUUUUUCUGUAUUGUAUUUUCCUCCAGGUAUGUCUAGCCUUAAAUACCUUAGUCACUGCCUUUCAAUAACUAGAUACAGUCGCUUUAGAAUGUAUUGUAUGCAGCAGGUGUCGCUAUGGAGAGGACGUAGGCCUGUCAAAUGUUUCUAAAGCUGUAGCCCUCCAGGACACUGUGUCAAGUGUGUUACAUAAGCUCCUUAUUGACGCAUGGGUUGACAUUGUGACAUUACUAUCCUAAUUGACGCCUAUAAUAUAAAUAGGCGUCAAC